CCACAGUUUUCACCUCACCAUGUCUCCCUCAAGAGGAUCCUCUUCACCUGCCGCAGCGACUGCGGAUCUAGAAUCAUCUUCCGAAGCCUCAACCCAAGCACGCGCCCAAGUCCGCUCCUCCUCCGCCCUCGCAUCAGCGAAAACAAACCUCGGAUACCUUUUCGCGCCCGACAAUCCCAAUUCUCCACGUCCCGCACAUCGACGGACUCGCGCUCUGCUUCGCUCGUUGCGCUACAUUGGUAUAUUUGUCUUCUGGCGGGUGGUGAGAUAUGCGAAGUAUGCGUUGGUAGGAAGUCUUGUGGCUGCGGUUGGAGCGACGGCUUUUGGAGGGUUCGUGAGUGGCGUGGGAUGGAUUCUGGCUCCUCCUACGUUGGUGGGGAGUUUGGGAUUGGGUGCUGUGUGGGCCAUGGGGAAAUGGGGAUUUAGGAAGAUGAGGGUUGGUGAGAAGGUUGGUGGGGCGGCGGAGUAUGAGAUCAAAGAAGCGCGAGAAGGAGUGAGACAAGAUGGGCAGUGGAGAGAUAUACAAGGGCCCAGAGCAGUACCAUGGUGAUGGUCUGAUAGAUUAUAGAUUUCUAGAAGCUUUCAAUACCAAAAUCUGGA